AUGGCGGACAUAGCUAGCAAUACAGCAGUGGAUUCAAUACCAGCAGAGGGCGACAUUCCAUCCGAGUUACGCUACAUCCAAUACGAACAUGCCUUGGAGAAAAAAUAUCUGCCCUCAAUCCGCGCCCUUAUCUCCAAGGACUUGAGCGAGCCAUACAGCAUCUAUGUAUACCGAUACUUCCUGUACCAGUGGGGAGAUUUAUGUUUCAUGACCCUAAACCCCCUCACAGACGCCCUCAUCGGCGUCAUAGUCUGCAAGCUCGAACUCCACCAAUCGCACUCUCCACCCACUCUCCGCGGCUACAUAGCCAUGCUCGCCGUCUCCUCAUCUUAUCGCAACCACGGCAUAGCUACAACGCUCGUUCGGAAAGCGCUGGACGCUAUGAUCGAGCGCCGAGCAGACGAGGUGGUCCUGGAGACCGAGGAGACGAACGUGCCGGCUAUGAAACUGUAUGAGAGAUUAGGGUUCAUAAGAAGUAAGAAGCUGCAUAGGUAUUACUUGAAUGGGAAUAGUGCGUAUAGGCUGGUGCUGCAUUUGAAGAGGAUAGGUGAUAUGGUUGGGGAGGGGGAUCCUGGGAUUGUUUGA